UGCAUGAUUUUCAUCUAUGGUAACAAAAAGUUUUCACUUGUCUCACUCAGAUUUGUAUUAUUUUGGCCAACGUUAAAUUAUCAAAGCCUACCGUAUUUCAAGUACUCUGGAAUUGCCGUGCCGGACUAUGUGAACGAAUAUUUCUAGCAUAAACUUUGGGGACACCGCAAAGUAGACUGUAAGAAUGUAAAUUUGUAUCGGUAUACAGAAUAUUUUCACUUGUAGAGAUAAUAGUCCAUUUAGUUUCUGCGUCAGUGUCUUAAGGAUGUACUCUGUUUAUUUGAACUGGAGACGAGCGUGGGCAUGUGACCACAAUAAUAGUAGGUGGGAGGCUUUUGGAAAUAAAGUUGUGCGUUUACGCGCCUGUGAAAUACUCUGACAUGUAGCCCUACCUGUGAAGCAUUCUUACAGUUUAAUGUGAAACAUGCACAUAGGGAUUGCAUACAUCCACAUGAUGUACUCGCACACUUACCUGUAAAACACUUACCUGUAAAACACUUACAGUCAUAAGUCGAUAAACAUUUUUGAAAGAAAGCUAAAAACGCAUCUCUUCACCUAAGCCUUAAACUAGAAAUAAUGUGAUAUUAAGGGGAUAUAUAAAUUAUAUCCCUGCAGUUCUAUUCAUUUUCUGUCUUAUGUUAUGCAAUUUAUGUAUUCUGUCUUUGCACUCCGUCCCUGUCUUUAUCUUUAUGUUUUUAUGUUUCUGCACUUCAUCCCAGUUUGUAUGUUGAUGUUUUAUGCUUAUUCUAUGUGUAUUUUUAUGUGGAUCACUGUGCAUGUCAUUUCUCUCCACGUCAUUUCUUUGCUGUUAAGCACUUUGAGCUGCACUGUUUAGUAUGAAAGGUACUAUACAAGUACAGUGUAUUAUUAUGAUUAUAAGUGAAACACUCAUACGGCUAGUACAUGCUUAAUAAAUACUCACAUACCUGCCUGUGAAACAGAUGGCCUACUCGCCAAAGAUUUAAGAUAGGCGCAGCAAGAUGCCUAUGGGAGCAAAGGAGGGACGGUUUUGGUCUGCAUUUUGGUAUACUUCUGCGGGCACGGUCUGCUCACAGUCUACGCAUUCUACACAUUUUUGCGUUUGUGGGGAAUUAUGUUGGUUUAUUUUGUGGGCACAUGUUUUGGGGCUGAUACUGGAGAGUCCCUCUUUUAAAUGAAAAGAAAAUAUUUUUGCAUAGAAGAAGCCACCAUCUCCUGCAUCCUCCUUCACCCCAAAGUCCAGUCGCACACAUCCCAAACAACUUGGGCUGACCGCCUCGGUCCCUCACACACAUCCCAAACAACGUGGGGUGACAUCCUCGGUCCCUCACACACCCCUACUUGGCCAAAAUAUUGUUUACUUUUGAGAAGGGGCGAUGAGGUAAGGGAUGUACACCCAUAGUCAUUCCCCCCCCCCCAAUCUGCUUGGGAUGGGGAGUAUAAAAUAAUUUAGCUUACUAAUCGACAGCUAGUCAGGCUUACAAAUAGCUCCUAAAUAUAUAAAAGGUUACCCCAGUUAUCUCUCUGAAGAUCUCACCAACGUAAGCUAACGGAAAUAUUUCUUAAAUUGAUAUUGAUUUAAUUUUAUUUUCUGUUGUCUUUUUUUCUCCAAAUGUUGUAUUUAACUGCUGGUGUCUUUUUCAUCUUAUCAAUACAUAUAUAUUUAAUUUUUUUAGGGCUACAGGAUGUCCCUAAAUUAUGUCACCUUUCAAGAAGGGGAGAAGGAUGUCACACAGGCCCAGAGUAGCAUGGGAGGACUACACGAGGGAGCAGGUCACAUGGAGACACACGCCUGCAGUGAAGCUCCCGAUGGUGGCAGUUCAUCAGAUGACGACUUGAAGAGAACAGGAGUAUUUCCUGAAAUACUGUCUGAAGAUCACCUUUCCAGAGACAGUGCCUCCUGGUGUCAGGCGUCCCUCUCCAAGUCUCUUCAAAGGGCCGAGGCUCUUCUGCGCACCCGCCUGAACCCCAGCCUUCGCUGGCUGCUACGACAGAAGGAGGAGGAGGAGGAUGGCGGCAGCUGGGACUGUGAGAACGAGAACACGUCGUUCGUGGCGUGCCAGAACUUGACCUCCCGCUCCUCCGCUCGUCUCCAGAGCCUCGAGCAGACCGUGGCAGGCCUGAGGACACAAUGCCACAUCCUGUGGGACGGUGGGAGACGGCUUCAGCCGCGCGGCUGUGUCAAGGGACUGUCAUCGUCUUCUAGCAACGGCAGCGACGCUUACUACCACCCGCAGGCGUCUGCCUUCGGCCAGCACUACGGGCAGCUGCAGUGGCUCCUGGAGGAGCGGGCUAAGCUCAUCUUCCUGCACGAGUACGCCCAGCGCUUGCGCGCGGCUCAUUGCUUCGUGACGAAGCUCUCCGCGUUGCUGGACCACGAACGGCUCCUGUUGGCGAGCAGAACACCACAGGGGGGAGGGGAUAAGUCGAGCAGCUCCAUGUGGAACCUCGGCCUACUACGCGCUCUGAGCCACGAGCUGAGAGGGCAUCUGAACCACUGGGCGGAGCUCCGUGCCAAAGCCCACACCGACGUCUACUUAAGGAGCAUCCUGUUCUGGUGGAAAGACACCCUGUGCGCGAUGUGUCAGACGUUCAGACUCCUGGGGCUCCAGGCGGUGUUCCUGACGGAGCAAUGCAUCCACACGGCACUGUGCCUCCUGGCUGCUGAUGAACACUUUAUCCACGUGCCGAGAGACGCCUUAGAGGACCUGCUGGCCUCCGUUCAGAUCUUCAACCACACCGUUCAGGAGGAGUUCCUGCACAACGCGGCAGCAGCUUGGAGACGACAACACGUCAUUCUGCUCGCAGACUGGCCUCACUUAAGUGGUCGAUUGCCUAGAACGGGGGGUCCAGAACCCAGGACCUUCAGCGUGCUCCAACUGAUGAAGAUCUUGGCUGAGCAGAGAGGCCGGCUGGUGGCGGAGCAACUCUACCGCUGGGCUUCUCGUCAGAGUGACCUCAUCGCCUGCUCGGGCCUUGCUGCUGAUUGGACGCAUCUAGAAACCUCUGGCUUUGAUUGGAGGCAUCUAGAAAGCGCGGGCUUUGAUUGGACGCAUCUAGAAAGCGCGGGCUGUGAUUGGUCGCAUCCAGAGCAGAUUCUAUCGAUGCUUCUCUCGAGCCAGGCUUCAGGACGUGAUGAUCCCACCGGGUCGCAAGCCAAAGUAGACCAUUUUAAUUUGUAUCCUAAUGAGGCCACACACACAGAUCCCCAGCCUUGUGCUUACUGCACAAACUCCCCCUUUUGGUUUUUUGUUCAUAGAGAUUGUGAGUGUUUAGAGAUCCUGUUCCAGGCGUUAGUAUCGUCCACCGACUUGCUGUUGUCGCCACCAUCCAAGCCUGGUCAUAAUGUAGACACUACGGAAGCCCUCUCGGCAGGUUCUCAAAGACAUUGUGUGAGAGAGCUGCAGUCGACGGCCGUCUUCGAAAAUCAGCAAAAAUCAGUCCAUUGGAAAGACUCGAUCAAGUCGGACCUAUGUUUGGAACUGUGCACACAGUACCAGGAAAUGUUGUGGCGGGAGUUCAGCAAUGCCGUUAUAAGAUGCUUGUUUUACAAGGGACACCUCAGUGUCGGUGGAAGUCUGAACCGGCGGAGGGAUCACAUAAUGUUCCUGUUAGUCGUGUGGCUCACUCGUGGCUUCAGAGGAGAUUUCAUUCCGGCUGAAUGUGUGGACGUGAUGAAGGGGUUCUGUUCACAGAUUUUGUACAACACUGCCUGCAUGCACUGGGACGAAGUGAUCUGUGAUGCGUUGGGAUACAGUCUGAAGGAUAAGUGUCUCCCUGGGGCGGAGUCCGAGUCUGAGUCCGAGUCCAGGACCUCCUUGGUUAGAACGGCCACAACGGAGCGCCUGGUGCGGCUCUUCAAUCCCCUUCUCACUAUGCUCCAACACCUAAAGAGCAAUCUACGACCAGGUAAUGAUGACCGAGUGGCUCAGCUGCAGAUCCUGGGCGCCCUCUGCAGGUCGGUGGCCACGGUGCAGUCGACCACGUUCUGGGUGAUGAGCAAGGCGUACCAGUUCCUCUCGUCCUGGUACCUCAACAAGUUCCUUCUCGUCACCCAAGGAGACCUCGUGGUCCUACAGGCCUUGUUGAAAAGACUUGCACAGGAAGUAGAGGACUUAAAUAGCAGAGGAGGUCAUCCUGUCAUCUCAACACUGAAAGGACAGUUCACUCGAGGAGUAGCGGACCUUCAGGCCUUCUCUGAUCGAAUUCUGAGGAUUUUCUCCAUGGAUUGCAAGAGGAUGUCUGUUGAGAUCUUUGAACAAACAAUGCCGUCAGCAAAACACUGGAGGAUCAAUUACAAGACAGAACUACCCAGCAGCCCCAGCGCGUACGCCACGUCUGCGGCCCAGAGCGUGAUUGGCCAGGUGCUAGAGGGAGUGCGACUGCUACCCGAGGACGCCCGAAUCCCAGCGCUGACGGAAGCCAUGACAGGGUUCAUGGAGGCGUGGAUGGAACACAUCCUCAAGCAGAAGAUCAAGUUCAGCAUCCAAGGCGCCCUGCAGCUGAAGCGAGACUUCGACCUGAUCCGAGACCUGUUGGGCGCCGAGGAGUACAGCCUGUCGGAGGAGCUGCACCAGACGCUGCUGGCGCUGAACGUGUUCCAGCAGGUCGACGGCGCCAUCGUGUGUCUGCUGCAGCAACCCAUGAACAAACCACCCUACAUGAUGCCCUCACGAGCCUGGGAGCCCUUUAGACACUGCUGCCCCAGUAUCACCCAAGUGGACCAAGCUGCCGGCAGUCUCAACAAUUUGGACAGCAUGGAUGUUCAGGCCGCCUGCCAGGAGGGCUCACUCACCCAGCAGGCCCAGGACUCCCUCACCUCAGAGCUGGUCUCGGCAUCAUUGCCCGACUCGUAUCUUCCCCUGGCUCAACAAGAGUGGCUGGAUCUGCGAAUCCACAAUAGCUCCCGCUGGAAGCUCCCUGGCUUGCACUGCUUCACGAGGACAGAGUCGUAAAAUGGCCGCCAACUGUCAUUCUGGGUUAGCACUGCUUCACCAGGAUAGAGUCAUAAAAUGGCCGCCAACUGUCAUUCUGGGUUAGACAUAGACUGCUUCACCAGGACAGGGUCAUGAAAUGGCCGACUGUCAUUCUGGGUUAGACUGCUUCACCAGGGCAGAGUCAUAAAAUGGCCGACUGUCAUUCUGGGUUAGGGUUAGACUGCUUCACCAGGACGGAGUCAUAAAAUGGCCGCCAACUGUCAUUCUGGGUCAGCACUGCUUCACCAGGGCAGUCAUGAAAUGGACGACUGUCAUUCUGGGUUAGACUGCUUCACCAGGACAGUCAUGAAAUGGCCGACUGCUUCACCAGGACAGUCAUGAAACGGCCGCCAACUGUCAUUCUGGGUUAGACUGCUUCACCAGGACAGAGUCAUGAAAUGGAGGACUGCUAUUCUGUCUCUGCCCCUUCAUAAACACUGACAACAGCUUUGAAGUGUUUCAGAAAAUGAUACACACACACACACACUUCAAAUAAAGAAAUACAUUUUGUGUUAUUUAAACAUAUUAUUAUGUGUAUUGUUAUUUUGUUAAAUGCAGAUACAUGGUACAGGGAUUGGUUUUUAUUAUAGUCUGAAAUAGUUUGACUUAUAAUUUCUUCGGGAAUGUAGUAGUCUGGCACAAGAAAAUACAGAAGAAACUUUCUGUGUAUCAAUUCUGUUGGGCUGUAUGUUUGUUUGGUCACUCACCACUUUCAUUCACCCUCUAAAGCUGCGUUCAUUACGACUGGCAUCGUGCCUUAAUCCAGGGUUAACCCUAACUCAAACCCUGACCCUUAUUCCAGGGGUCACCCUAACUC